UUUCCUCAAAGGGUGUGAAUAGAAUGUUGAGUGUUGAUCUUCGAUCAUUUAUGUAUUAACUCAAACGUAUUCUUCAGAGAGUAAGAAAGGCCAUAUCUAGAUCCUUAAAGCAAAUGGUAUAUUAUGCAAUAUUAUGCAAUCAGCAUAUGAGCCUUUUAUGUAGAAUAAUGGAUUUAAGUAGCCUGCUGGAGCAUAAAAUAAAUCCAUCUUCAUCUGUCUCUAUGACAAGACCUACAUUCUCUAAGCUGUGCCCAAUGCUUUGGGCGGAUAAAGGUUUGUUUGGUCACGGUUGAUGAUGCAUUCAUGACCGAGGCAAACAUCAAACUGAGACAGGUGGGUCGCUUUUCGCCGAAAUCGCUCACGUUGAGACGAUAACAAUCGUUUUAAAUCGGUCCGAUUAACAGGCGGGUACAAUUUGCUAAAAAAGAUUUUGACUUCCUCUCAGGGGUGAUGUAAGGCGUGUAGGGCCCGCUUGAACGCGAGUAACCCCGGCGGUUUUACCGAAAAUAACCCGGGCACUGCAGCAUCAGCACCAGGCUGCGCAGGUGCGGCCUUUAAAGAGACAGCGGGGCCCAAAAAAUAAUAAUUAAACCGAAACCCUCGUGGUGAACAAACACCGUCAACAGGAGUGCGGUGACAGCGGUGUAUCCGAAUCGUCUGUCCCUGUAGUAUGUGGCAGGAGGCGAAAUAGAAAAGUGCAGUCCUCAGCGGAGCCUCAUCCUAAUUCCACAGGGUUAUUCCCAUCCCUCUCGUUUCCCGAGAGACACGCGCCCCCAGGAUGGAAAAUACAGCUUUGAAUUAGCAUGUACGGGAAGCAGAUUGUGGCAUCCAUUCUUAAUGUUUUUAAUCAAAUGUGAAUCAAUUCCUACUUUUAGGUAGCCUCAAAUAACCGUAACAUCAUUGCAACGUUUAUACAGGCACUUCGGAUGUGUUUAUCAUCAUCUGUCUCUAAAUUCCCCAUUUCACAAUUUGCUCCUUUUUGGUUUUGUUUUGCGAGAAUAAGGAUUAUCGAGCGAGGAUUAUAUCAAAACCAAAAUAACAUUUGUUUCCCCCCCUCCAUUAGCAUCCUUUCAGCAACGCCCUGUAUCCCAGACCGGCGUGCGUACCACACACACGCACUAACCGGCAAGAGGGUAACGCUGGCUGCUCUAUCGAGCUGCUGCUGAGGCAUCUGCAGCGCCGUUUGCCCGAUUUCCGCCUCAUUCCAGAUGUCACAGUGUGUGAGUAUUGCGAUGCCAGUUCGGAUCGGAUGGAUUCACCGGACGGAAUAAUCGCACCGUGGGAGACAGAAAAGAUGACAGGCAUCCUGUUCCCCUGACGGCUCUCGGGGACGCAGUCAUAGUUUGGGGCCGGACAUGGUUUUAAUGUGGGGAGUUGCUGUAGUGGAUGCGGGAUGCUGUGCGCCGCACCCCGACAUGUAUUGAUAAGGAGAACACAGACGGGUCCGUUAAUGCCUCUCGACCGAUACGGAUUUUUGCUGGAUUCUGGCGCACUUGAGGUAAACCAGAGCUAAGGUGCUCACCUGGUCAUUUCAACACACAAUAGUCGUCCAUCAUGGCCGAGAGGACGCUGGAGCAGGGCUCGGUCAGCAUCCCCAUGGAGGAGACCAAACUCCCCAGCGGGGCGCCUCCGGAGGCGCCACUGCUCGUCCACUUGAAGAAAGUGGAGAACCACAUUACUGAAGCUCAGCGCUUCUCCCACCUCCCACGCCGCUCUGCUGUGGACCUGGAGUUCAAUGAGCUCUCGUACACCAUCCGCGAGGGGCCCUGGUGGAGGAGGAGAGGUUACAAAGCUCUCCUUAAGUGUUUGUCGGGAAGGUUCAGGAACAAAGAACUGAUUGGAAUAAUGGGGCCUUCUGGAGCUGGGAAAUCCACUCUGAUGAAUAUUCUGGCGGGGUACAGAGAAACCGGCAUGAAGGGCAAGAUCCUGGUGAAUGGGCGACCGAGGGACCUGCGGACAUUCAGGAAGAUGUCCUGCUACAUCAUGCAGGAUGACAUGCUGCUGCCACACCUCACUGUGAGGGAGGCCAUGACGGUGUCUGCCAAUCUGAAAUUGAGUGAAAGCAUGCAGAUCAAAAAAGAGCUUGUGGAUGAGAUCCUGACUGCUCUGGGUCUUCAGGAAUGUGCACAGACACGCACCAACUGUCUCUCCGGAGGCCAGUGUAAAAGAUUGGCCAUUGCCCUCGAGCUGGUCAACAAUCCUCCUGUCAUGUUCUUUGAUGAGCCCACCAGUGGUUUGGACAGUGCGUCCUGCUUCCAGGUGGUUUCCCUGAUGAAGUCUUUGGCUCUGGGAGGACGGACAAUCAUCUGCACCAUUCACCAGCCCAGUGCCAAGCUCUUUGAGAUGUUUGAUAAGCUGUAUAUCCUCAGCCAGGGUCAGUGCAUAUACAAGGGCACAGUCCCUUACCUCAUCCCUUAUCUGAAGAACCUGGGCCUGCACUGUCCGACGUAUCACAAUCCUGCUGACUUCAUCAUUGAGGUGGCGUCAGGCGAGUAUGGGGAUCUUAAUCCAGUGCUGUUUGAGGCUGUCCAGGGUGGCCUCUGUUCCGAGGAGAGCAAGAAGAACUCCAGAGACAAAAAUGACUCUUCUUCUCCCUCUCAAUGUCCCAGUGAAACAGGAACACUUGAGAAACAUAGCUUUGCCACCAGUACAUUCACACAGUUCUGCAUCCUCUUCAAAAGAACUUUUGUAACGAUAUGCAGAGACAUGGUGCUGACUCACCUCAGGGUGAUGUCCCAUAUUUGUAUUGGAGUGCUGAUUGGCCUGCUUUAUCUCAAUAUCGGCAAUGAUGCCAGCAAGGUCUUCAACAACACCGGUUUCCUCUUUUUCUCCAUGCUGUUCCUCAUGUUCGCUGCCCUGAUGCCCACCAUCCUAACCUUCCCUCUGGAGAUGUCCGUGUUUAUGAGGGAACAUCUCAACUACUGGUACAGCCUGAAGGCCUAUUAUUUAGCCAAGACCAUGGCUGAUAUACCAUUCCAGGUGCUUUGUCCCAUAAUGUACUGUAGUAUAGUGUACUGGAUGACUGAUCAGCCACCAGAGGCGGUUCGCUACCUGCUCUUCAUGGCCUUGUCCACAUCCACAGCCCUGGUGGCCCAAUCCCUAGGUCUGCUUAUAGGGGCCGCAUCCACGUCUCUUCAGGUGGCAACCUUUGUGGGUCCAGUCACAGCCAUACCUGUACUUCUCUUCUCUGGCUUCUUUGUCAAUUUUGACACCAUUCCAAAAUACCUACAGUGGAGCUCCUAUCUUUCCUAUGUCAGGUACGGCUUUGAGGGGGUUAUACUCUCUAUCUAUGGGAUGAACCGGUCGGAGCUUGAGUGUCCGGGUGUUGUGUGUAAAUUCCAAAAGCCAGAGGAGGUCCUGCAACUGCUGGAUGUGGAGGACGCAAAGCUGUACGUGGACUUCAUUGUGCUGGGGGUUUUCUUCCUGGUCCUCAGACUAGCGACUUACCUGGUUCUACGAUACAAAGUCAAGUCAGAGCGCUAAGACGUCCAAAGGAUGAUGGAUUUGAACCCCUGCACAUUUCCUCGCAGUGUGGGAUAGUAAGCAAACAUAUAGUCUCUAUGUACUUUAUAUACAUAUACAAAAACUUACACAAGUCCAGCACAUAAAAUCCCCACAAAGCUGUGCUGGACCACCAAGCUGUACAGUAUAAUAUUCUCUUUUAAACAUUUUUCAAGAAAGAAGAAAAAGUGCAGUUCUUUCUCCCAUUGUUGUCCUUCAGGUAAUAGUAUUUUCCGCACACCAUUACCUUUCAAAAAUAUUGUGUAUCUGCAGUCUACAUAAACAGAAUACACAACAACGUACCAGAAAGCAUGUGUCCUGAAACUGAGAAAUUUUGAUCCAGCCGCAGGGUUUAUGAGGACUCAUAGUGACCAUCGUGGUGCAGGAGUGUCCAAUAGUUUCACAAUCCGAUGGCCAAACUGAUAAUCCAAGCUUAUUUUUGGAUCAGAAUCCCGUUAAUUAAUUCGUCAUUGGAAAGCACCCAUGAAGAUGCCGCAGGAAUACUAUUUCUCGAUAUAUGCCCUCUUAUUUCCAUCAUGAAAAGUGGAAACUUUCAGUGGCGGAAAGCUUUUGACUUGCGACUUCUCCUUCUGCGCUAGGAGCAUCUCAGCAUCUUACCAAGACGCUGAACAUGAUGGCUUUUCUCUGAGGAAAUGGAACAUUAACAAACUGCCAGUGAAUGACUUUCCUCACUCUUCAUUCCCAGUGCUGGUCAUUUUUGCAGGACCUUCUGCAGUACCACUGAAGCUAGUGGAACGGUUUAAUGUGGUCCUCAACAAAGAUGAUGUGGAUUUACCCUUUCAACAAGGCCCAAUGUUCCUUUCUCCUCAAUAUAACAAUGUUUGUUUCCUCUGCAAGAGAGGAAGCAUUCAGUUAAGAGGGAGCAGAUUGCAAAAUCAAGACUGUGAUUUGUAGCCUGGUGCAGAGGGCUGUAGCACAGUGGGAAUGGUGUUACAGGUGAAACGGCCGAUUCAAAGAGUCUAAUCGGCGUUACUCCUUCGACACAUAUCUUUGAACUGCUUGUUCCCACUCGUUGGAUAACUCUUGAGCUGCCGCCUCCCUGAGCUAUGAAGGGAAAUCACGUUGUUUUGUCAUCCUUUUCUCCUUCUUCCGCUUUGCUGACGUCUGACAGAUGUGUGUUGUCCAAAACAAUGAAACGCUGGCUGGGCAGUUUUUGUGCGUCUGACCUGGAAUGAUUUGUGUUUCCUCUGCUUCAUUAUUUGCACCUCCACCUUAUGUAUAUGUACAUGCUGGUUCACACAAACACACACACACACAUACACCCGCACACACAGAGGUUCUUAUGGACACAGACCUACACCCACAAACGCUCACAAGAAAACACAUACAUUAACCCUCUGCAAUGUUUAGAAGAAACCUUCUUGUUCCGGGGCAAUGCAAAUAUUUUACAAUAGACUUGCUAUGAAAUAUUUCUUACUUAAACUAUGCUACUUGGUACCCUUAUUAUAAAGCAUAAAAUAAUAAGUAUAUAAUCAGUGAUUGUACAGUGAAAUUGUUAUGCUGUAAACAAAUGGACAUUUGCACUUUUCAAUGUUCGUUCUUUUUUUAUUUGAAUUUUAUUUUUGUUAAACAUAUAUACAUGCAUAUAUAUAUAUAUAUAU